AUGUCCACUUUAUCUUCUCCAACCGCUUCAACAUAUUCGGGUAGCUUUUUUGGCAGCACUGCCAAAAAUCGUCCUCCCGCAAACGCAUAUAUUAAAUCUCAUAAAAGUGUUUCUUUCUCUUACGCUGGUGACAAUACUUCUUUUCAACAAGGAAUAUUAGGUGAUUCGGAUAGUUAUUUAGUGGGUACUUUACACUUAAAUUAUGGAAAACAAUAUCAAGUUAAAGAUAUUACCCUUAAUCUCAAAGGCACUGAAAAAACUACUUGGUAUAAAGCUCAAGCUAGAACAAAAGCUCUUUAUUCCGGUGAACAAAUUGUUGUUGAUCAUUCUCAAGAAAUUUGGAGAUCUAAUGAUAAAGAAGUUUUAAAUUUAGAUGUUCCUUUUAAAAUUAAACUUCCUUAUAAUUUACCUGAAUCUAUUACUACGGAUGUUGGUACUGUUAGUUAUGUUCUUCGUGCUAUCAUUCAUCGUAAAGGUGGUUUAAUGUCCUCUUCUACUCAAAUUGUUGAUGUCGAUUGUCCUUUAAAAAGAACUAUCAUUUUAGAUAAUUCUAAUCUUUCUUUAUUUAAACUACGUGGUGAAUCAAAAAGUGGUGUCGAUUAUUCUUUUUCUUUACCUGCUAAUAAGAAUUUCAACCUUGGUACUUAUGUUACGGUUCCUAUAAGAAUGAGAUUCUUACGUCCUGGUGUUAGUGUUGAAAGAAUUGAAGUUGCUCUAAAAAGUUGUAUGGACUUUAGAUGUAGUAAUCCAAAUGAAACUCGUCAUGUUAAAGAAAAUGUUGUCUCUUUGGUUAUUGCUCGUCAAGAAAUUAGAUCUCAAAAUAUGGAUGGUGAUUAUUCUCAUACUAUCAACUUAUUUAUCCCUCGUAGUAUUCAACCUACCUAUUCUGGUCGCUUUAUUAGUAUCUCCCAUCAAUUUUGUGUUAAAUUUUGUUUAUGGGGUGCUAACGAGGAUUUCCAAGUUGAAGAAAGUCAACCUUCUCCACAACUCAUUCCACAACAUCUUAAUAGACCUCCUCAUCAACCUACUGCUAUGGUUAUCCCUUCUUCUGAUCUUCAUCAUCCUGAAGUAUAUCCAACUUAUGCUGAAGGUUAUUAUCCUGUUUAUCCUGACGAAGUUGGCACCGCUGUAUAUUUAAAUUAUCAAAAUGAUUAUAAUUACAAAUUAAACCUGCAUAAUCCUCCACAAGCUCAUACUGUUGGCGCUUCUCAAUAUGUUUAUAAUCCUAAUCCAAAAGAAGGCCUUGACGGUUAUGGUGAAUUAUAUCCUCAGGGUUUCGCUUUAAAUUCUAAUGACCUUUGGUAUAGACAACAAAUAGCUGCUAUUCACCAUCAACAACAAUUAUAUAAUAAAAAAAGUCAAAGUCCUGUUCCCGGAAUUCAUGUUCCUGUUCCAAGACCUACUCCUCCUACCACUCACUCUCGUAAUACUUCAAAUUCUUCUCAUCUUAAUACUGUUAUUAUGAAUGAUAACGUGCUUCCUCCUUCUCCUUCUAUAUCUCCUUCAAGACUUAAUGCCAUUAACAAUUCUUCAAAAUUGCCUCCUUACGCUGCUCCUGAACAAGUUUACAUUCGACGUUCUCCAAAUUUAACCCCUCAACAACUUAUGAAUUCGGAAAAUCGAAGGGAUAAUAAAUUGGAAAUAAACACUACUCUGCAAACCCUUGAAACCUCUCCACCUUCUUAUAAAGAACGUUUAACACCUACACCUGAAGAG